UCUUUUCUUUUUUUUUUAAUGUUUAUUUUUAAGAGAGAGAGAGAGAGAGAGAGAGAGACACAGACUGAGUGCAAGGGAGGGGGAGAGAGAAAGGGAGACACAGAAUCCAAAGCAGGCUCCAGGCUCUGAGCUGUUAGCACAGAGCCCGAAGUGGGGCUCGAACCCAUGAACUGUGAGAUCAUAACCUGAGCUGAAGUCGGACGCCUAACUGACUGAGCCACCCAGGCAUUCCUCUAAGUUUUAUUUCUUAAUUUUUAUGUACAAGUUUUGUUAUCUAUACACCAGUGAUCUUUUAGCGGGGAUGAAAUUAUAUAAUAAUACCAAAUGCUCACAUUAGGACCAGUUCUAGUAUUAUAUAGUUUGCUAUCCACUUCAAAAUAAUGGUUUUUAAAUAUUUUUUCUAAGCGUGAAUAGAGUGCUAUCUUUGAAUUUUCUGAUUGUUGAGUGGAUUUAUUCCUAUCUGUUGUUGGAAGCUUAGAUAUGUAUAGCUCUCUGUAUGUUGAUCUUUACUUACAGAUAGCAAACGUCUAUUCAAUGAUAAAUUGCCUUUUCUCCAUUUAUACUGGUUUGUACUUCUACACCAAGCUACUUAUAUAUUGUCAUUAAAGUUUAGAGACUAUCAAUCAGAUGCAAAAUCUUACUAAGGAAUAGAAAAUAAUACAAAGUAUUAUUUAAUUUACUCCUGAAAAGCACUUUGUUUCAUUACUUAUUUCGUUUCUUUUUGAAUGUUUAGAGACAGAGAGAGAGAGGGAGACACAGGAUCCAAAGUGGGCUCUGCGCUGACAGCAGAGAGCCCCAUAUGAGGUUUGAACUCAGGUACUGAGAUCAUGAGCUGAGCCAAAGCUGGCCAUUUUGACUGACUGAGCAGGCGCCCCAAUUACUUUGUUUCAUGAGUAUUUUCCUCAGUAGGAAAAUGUGGCUGGCAUCGACAAUCGAAGAUGAGGACUUGACUUAUGUCUUAAUUUGUACUUUUGUGGACCUUUGCAUUCUUUCAGCUCUUUAAAACUAUACUUAAGACAGAGUACAACAGGGUAUAGUCCUGGCAGGCAGGCUGUUAGGGAACUCCAGAAACUCCUUGCCUCUCUAUAGAUCACUACAGAUCCCAAAGAUUGUUGUUUACUUUCUUUUGACUUUGAAGCUCAUAUACCCAGAGGCAGGCAAAAAUGUAGCUGUAAUUGAGUUUUCCUUGGAAGUCUAUUUUACAUUCUUGGUUUUUAGGGCCAGAACAUGCAUAUUUUAAGUGAAAUAACAUAUGCAAAGUUCUAUAGCUCCUCCAAACUCACAGAUCAAAGGACUGUCCUUAAGAUGGAGGUACUAAGAUUUUGUUUUGGUGAUUAAGAGAACAAUAAAAUCUUACGUGUGCAAAGCCCCAUAAAGUUUUAAAAUUAUUUUAAAAUAUUUCCAUUAUUAUCAUAUUGAAAUAAUAGUAUAAGCUAUUAUUUAAUGAGCGAAGUACUGUUAAAACACUUCUAAAUCAUCUCCUUUAAUUCUCCAUAAGACGUUUGGAGGCCUGUUCAGAGUUCUUAUUAGGAGUUAUGGGCUCUGUCCUAGAGACGAGGUUCAGAAAUACUUAAAACUGUUGCUGCCCUUAACCUCUCACAAGGCCAAGCCAGUAUUUUUGUAACUGGGAAAUGUCCUGCUGUUGGGGGACUCCAGGUGAUCCACUGGGGCUGUUUUUCUUCCUGUACGUGUCUGCAACGCCUCUUAAGGCAACAAGGGAAUUCUUUAUUAUAAAUGGAAGUUGAUACCUCCUACUCGGGAGCUCCAGCUUCCCCCCACUGUGCACAUUCUAAGUUCUGUAUCCAAGGGUAGGGUGACAACUGUAUAUGGUUGAAUAAGACGGGGUACCUACUGAAGUCAGUGAAAUUCUCAGCCCUAAUUCUGCAGAGAUCAGUACUCUCUGACACUCUGUACCCUUGCUCAAAGAAGCUAGGUCUUUCGUUCUAAAGUUUAUGUACCCUCCCCACCCCCCAAAUAGGGACUGCAGUCCACCUGAACCUGAAAGAGAAUUUGGUGAUGGUAAUCUAUUCUCAGGUGUCUACAUUCUUGAAAAAGCCCAUUCUUAAAAGUCAUGGUUCACCAGCUGCAUUCACGUGGUAUGGGCUGGACUGUUUCUCGGAUGACUGCUUUGUGUCCUCUCUUGAUUUCUUUUCUAAAAAAGGUCAAAUCGUCCAGCAGUGCUAAACCCACGGCCCGCCCCCAACACUGCAAGGAAGAGAAAUACUUGAUCUCUUUUCUAGAUACUCCCAAAGUCGAGGUAGAGGUUGAAUUGAGCCUCCUAAAAUCCGCCCUAACUGCCACCUCUGGUUUGUCAACCCCGUCUCCCCGCCCGCCGCUGUAAACCCGAGGGGCCUUUUAAUCCCGGCACCAGCCUGGGUAGGGGAGAGGUGGGGCUGCAGGCGGGAGGGAGGCGGCGCGCAGCGGUACCUAGUGGCGCUGCUGGGCUGCUCCAUCCAGAGUACGUGGCGCUACCCGUGGAGAGAGGGGGAGGGAAUUCAACUUUCUCCUCCCAACGCAGAUCUUCGGGUCAUCCCGCUGGGGCAGGAGGGGAGGAUCCAUGAGAGGACUGGUGCCCUCGUCGGGUGAAACCUCAGCAGAUGAAAGCAGCCUGGCAGUGGCCAGCACCGGUCCUGCUCUCCACGGGUACCCGCUGCGAACUAGGUCUCCGUUUCAGCGCGAGGAGCUGUGACCCGACUGGGGGCGAGGGGAAACGCACUCGCUACCGCGCAUGCGCACAGUCGGGAGCUGGCGGCCCGACUACAGCUCCCAGAGGAACCCGCCGCUGGCCGCGGGAGCCGAGCCGCUGGCGCCAUCUUGAAAUCUGAUCCUCGAUCUCCGAGUCUUUGCGUCAGCAGCAGGGUGCUGCUCUUGUACAGCGAACCCAGCCUGCUAAAAGGGAGGACGUUGGGGACGCGGCGGCCGGCGGGAGAGAGAGCCGGAGGAGACAUGGCUGGUUGCGAGCGCGGCCUGCGCUGCUGUCACUCAGCAUCCCCUUAAGGCGUUUUUUACGCCCGCCCCCUUCCCGAGGGGCGGGGCGGGGCUGCCCACCCUGGUACCCGGAGCCCGCGCGCGGGUGGCAGAGGUGCGCCCCUGCAGCGUGGGGACCCCACCGGACUGUGCCAUGCCCGCCGGAGGCCACGGAAGAGGGAGACGCCGCGCAAUCAAGUGCCAGUGAGUGAACAGGCUGCAGACGCCUCCGGGAACCUUGGCAACUGCUGAGAGAGAAGAUGAAGGAGGUUUGCAGGAUCUGUGCCCGGGAGCUGUGCGGAAACCAGCGGCGCUGGAUCUUCCACACGGCAUCUAAGCUCAACCUCCAGGUUCUGCUUUCGCAUGUCCUGGGCAAGGAUGUGUCCCGGGAUGGCAAAGCCGAGUUUGCUUGCAGCAAGUGUGCUUUCAUGCUUGAUCGGAUCUAUAGAUUCGACACCGUUAUUGCCCGGAUCGAAGCUCUUUCUAUUGAGCGCUUGCAAAAGCUGCUGCUGGAGAAGGACCGCCUCAAGUUCUGCAUUGCUAGCAUGUAUCGUAAGAAUAACGACGACUCUGUCACGGAAACCAAGGCAGGGAAUGGGACGGUUGACAUUUCCGGCUUACCUGAUGUCAGAUACUCUGCACUGCUCCAGGAAGACUUUGCCUAUUCAGGGUUUGAGUGUUGGGUAGAAAAUGAGGAUCAGAUUCAGGAGCUCCACAGCUGCCAUGCUUCGGAAGGUCCUGGAAACCGACCCAGGAGAUGCCGUGGUUGUGCAGCUUUGCGGGUUGCUGAUUCUGACUAUGAAGCCAUUUGUAAGGUGCCUCGAAAGGUGGCCAGAAGUAUCUCGUGUGGCCCUUCUACCAGGUGGUCCACCAGCAUUUGCACUGAAGAACCAGCGUUGUCUGAAGUGGGGCCACCGGAUUUACCAAGUACAAAGGUACCCCCAGAUGGAGAAAGCAUGGAGGAAGGGACACCGGGAUCCUCAGUGGAAUCUUUGGAUGCAAGUGUGCAGGCUAGUCCUCCACAACAAAAGGAUGAGGAAACGGAGAGAAGUGCAAAGGAACUUGCAAAGUGUGACUGUUGUUCAGAAGAGCAGGCUCCACAACAUAUGUGUAACCACAAGCUGGAGCUAGCUCUUAGCAUGAUUAAAGGUCUUGAUUAUAAGCCCAUCCAGAGUCCCCGAGGGAGCAAGCUUCCUAUUCCAGUGAAAUCCAGCCCACCUGGAGCCAGGCCUGGCCAUAUCAUGACAGAUGGAGUUAGUUCCAGUUUCCUUAACAGGUCUUUGAAACCCCUUUACAAGACAUCUGUGACUUAUCCCUUGGAAAUUUCAGACUUGCAGGAGCUGUGGGAUGAUCUCUGUGAAGAUUAUUUACCACUUCGGGUCCAGCCCAUGACUGAAGAGUUACACAAACAACAGAAGCUGAAUUCGGAUGAGACCAUUAUAACUCCGCAGUCUGUAUCUGAUUCCCACUUGGCAGAACUCCAGGAAAAAAUCCAGCAAACAGAGGCCACCAACAAGAUUCUUCAGGAGAAACUGAAUGAAAUGAGCUGUGAACUGAAGUCAGCUCAGGAGUCAUCUCAGAAGCAAGAUGGUACAAUUCAAAGCCUCAAGGAAACUCUGAAAAGCAGGGAAAAUGAGACCGAGGAGUUGUACCAGGUGAUUGAAGGUCAAAAUGACACAAUGGCAAAGCUUCGAGAAAUGCUGCACCAAAGCCAGCUUGGACAACUUCAUAGCUCCGAGGGUGCUUCCCCAGCUCAGCAGCAGGUGGCUCUGCUUGACCUUCAGAGUGCCUUGUUCUGUAGCCAGCUCGAAAUACAGAAACUCCAACGGGUCAUACGCCAGAAAGAACGCCAACUUGUGGAUGCCAAACGAUGUGUGCAGUUUGUAGAGGCUGCAGCCCAUGAGAGAGAACAGCAGAAGGAGGCUUCUUGGAAACAUAACCAGGAAUUACGAAAAGCCUUGCAGCAGCUUCAAGGAGAAUUGCAGAGUAAGAGCCAACAGCUUCGUACCCUGGAGGCUGAAAAAUACAAUGAGAUUAGAACCCGGGAGCAGCACAUUCAGCACCUAAACCAUAGUCUGAGUCACAAGGAACAGCUGCUUCAGGAAUUUCGGGAGCUCUUGCAGUAUCGAGAUAAGUCUGACAAAACCCUUGAAGCGAAUGAAAUGUUGCUUGAGAAACUUCGGCAGCGAAUACAAGAUAGAGAUGUUGCUCUGGAGCGGGCUAUAGAUGAAAAGUUCUCCACUCUGGAAGAAAAAGAAAAAGAACUGCGUCAACUCCAUCUCGCUGUGCGAGAGCGAGAUCAUGACUUAGAGAGACUGCGUGGUGUUCUUUCCUCUAAUGAAGCUACCAUGCAGAGUAUGGAGAGUCUCCUCAGGGCCAAAGGCCUGGAAGUAGAACACUUAUCUGCUACCUGUCAAAACCUCCAGUGGCUGAAAGAAGAAAUGGAAACCAAAUUUAGCCAUUGGCAGAAGGAACAAGAAAGUAUCAUUCAGCAGUUACAGACAUCUCUGCAUGACAGGAACAAAGAAGUGGAGGAUCUUAGCUCAACACUGCUCUGUAAACUCGGACCAGGACAGAGUGAGAUUGCCGAGGAGCUGUGCCAGCGUCUGCAGAGAAAGGAAAGGCUGCUGCAGGAACUUCUAAGUGAUCGAAACAAACAAGCAGUGGAACAUGAAGUAGAGAUUCAAGGCCUGCUUCAGUCUAUGAGCACCAGAGAGCAGGAGAGCCAAGCCUCUGCAGAGAAGAUGGUACAGGCCCUAAUGGAAAGAAAUUCAGAAUUGCAGGCCCUGCGCCAGUAUUUAGGAGGGAAAGACUUCAUGGUGUCCCAAGCACUGAUCUCUAACCAACCCACUGAAGUUACCUCCAGCAGCCCCCAUCUUGGAGAUCAGACUGAUCAAGGUUCCGUGCAUAUACCCUCCAAGGAUGAUGGCAUUUCAUUGACUGCCAAAGGGGAUACCAGUAUAGCCAGGUCCUCAUUAGGAGACUUGGAUGCAGUGUCCGGGCUGGAGAAAGAACUGAGUACUGCCAAGGAGGAACUCGAGCUCAUGGCUAAAAAAGAAAGAGAAAGUCGGAUGGAACUUUCUGCACUACAGUCCGUGGUGGCUGUGCAACAGGAAGAGCUGCAGGUGCAGGCGGCCGAUCUGGAGUCCCUGACCAGGAACAUACAGAUAAAAGAAGACCUCAUAAAGGACCUGCAAAUGCAACUGGUUGAUCCUGAAGACAUACCAGCUAUGGAACGCCUGACCCAAGAAGUCUUACUACUUCGGGAAAAAGUUGCUUCAGUAGAAUCACAGGGUCAGGAAGCUUCAGGAAAUCGAAGACAACAAUUGCUGCUGAUGCUUGAAGGGCUGGUAGAUGAACGGAGUCGGCUCAAUGAGGCUUUGCAAGCAGAGAGACAGCUCUAUAGCAGUCUGGUGAAGUUCCAUGCCCAUCCAGAGAGCUCUGAGAGAGACCGAACUCUGCAGGUGGAACUAGAAGGGGUCCAGGUGAUACGUGGUCGGCUAGAAGAAGUUCUUGGAAGAAGCCUGGAGCGCUUAAGCAGGCUGGAGACCCUGGCCGCCAUUGGAGGUGCAGCUGCAGGGGACGAUACUGAAGAUGCUAGUACCGAGUUCACCGACAGCAUCGAGGAGGAGGCUGCACACAACAGCCACCAGCAGCUCAUCAAGGUGGCUUUGGAGAAAAGCCUGGCAGCUGCAGAGACCCAGAACAUAUGUCUUCCCCCUCCUUCCUCGACAGGAGGGGAUGGUAACAGGGGUCUUCAGGAGGAAAUGCUCCACCUGAGGGCUGAGAUCCACCAGCACUUAGAGGAGAAAAGAAGAGCUGAGGGGGAACUGAAAGAGCUAAAGGCUCAAAUUGAGGAAGCAGGAUUCUCCUCUGUGGCCCACAUCAGGAAUGCCAUGCUGAGCCUUUGCCUUGAGAAUGCAGAGCUGAAAGAGCAGAUAGGAGAAGCAAUGUCUGACGGAUGGGAGAUAGAGGAAGACAAGGAGAAGGGCGAGGCGACGCUGGGAACUGUGGCAACCAAGGGGGGUCUGAAUGAGAGUAGCCUUCAGGCCGAGUUCAGAAAGCUCCAGGGAAAACUGAAGAAUGCCCACAGCAUCAUCAGCCUCCUCAAAGAGCAGCUGGUACUGAGCAGCAGGGACAGGCAUAGUCCACUUAGUCCAGAGCUCCUCGUGCGCCUGGCCCAGGAGAUCGACAGGAUGAAUGCAGAGCCGGGCUGUUUUCCUGAGAAGUCCCGAUGCCAAGAAGAGGAGCACGUGACCACGAAGCCCUGCCCCAGGCCCCAGAGCCUCAACCUUGGGGCUGCCCUCGCAGGGGCUGCUGAUCAACUGGAUAACCAGCCCCAGGCCAGAGACCCCGGGCCUCAGUCAGAAUGUGGCCUUCCUGGAUCCACCAAGCACCUGCGCUCCCAGCUGGCACAAUGCAGACAGCGCUAUCAGGAUCUCCAGGAGAAGCUGCUGAUCUCCGAAGCCACGGUCUUUGCCCAGGCCAAUCAGCUGGAGAAAUACCGAGUCAUGCUUAGUGAAUCCCUGGUGAAGCAGGACAGCAAGCAGGUGCAGGUGGACCUCCAGGAUCUGGGCUAUGAGACAUGUGGCCGAAGUGAGAAUGAGGCCGAGCGGGAGGAGAGCACCAGUCCUGAGUGCGAGGAGCACCUGAUGGGCUCACCGCUGGCCAGCCCCCCUGGGAAAAAGCCCUUGGAGAGCCAUCGAGGGAAGCAGGAGUUCCAGGCGUGUGGAAAGUCAGAAGACAUCUCUGUCCUCCAUAAGGACAUCAGAGACCUGAAGACCCAGCUGCAGAACGCCAACAAGAUCAUUCAGAACCUCAAGAGCCGGGUGCGGUCCCUCUCAGUGACAAGCGAUUAUUCAUCUAGUCUGGAGAGACCUCGAAAGCUGAAGGCUGUUGGCGCCCUCGAGGGAUCCUCCCCUCAUAGUGUCACUGACGAGGAUGAGGGGUGGCUGUCCGAUGGCACUGGGGCUUUCUACCCCCCAGGGCUUCAGGCUAAAAAGGAUCUGGAGAGUCUGAUCCAGAGAGUGUCCCAGCUAGAGGCCCAGCUCCCGAAAACUGGAGCAGAAGGGAAGCUGGCCGAGGAGCUGAGGUCAGCCUCGUGGCCUGGGAAAUAUGAUUCCCUGAUUCAGGAUCAGGCCCGAGAACUAUCCUACCUACGCCAGAAGAUAAGAGAAGGGAGAGGUAUCUGUUAUCUUCUCACCCAGCAUGCAAAAGAUACGGUAAAAUCUUUUGAGGACCUUCUUAGGAGCAAUGACAUUGACUACUACCUGGGGCAGAGCUUCAGGGAGCAACUUGCCCAAGGAAGCCAGCUGACAGAGAGGCUUACCAGCAAACUCAGCACCAAAGAUCAUAAAAGUGAGAAAGAUCAAGCUGGACUCGAACCGCUGGCUCUCAGGCUCAGCAGGGAGCUGCAGGAGAAGGAGAAGGUGAUUGAAGUCCUGCAGGCCAAGUUGGAUGCCCGGUCCCUCACGCCCUGCAGCAGCCAUGCCUUGUCAGACCCCCAGCGCUCUCCCAGCAGCUCCUCCUUCCUGUCUGAUGAGCUGGAGGCCUGCUCUGACAUGGACAUAGCCAGCGAGUACACACAUUACGAAGAGAAGAAGGCUCCGCCCAGUCACUCAGAUUCCAUCCACCAUUCAAGUCAUUCUGCUGUACUGUCUUCUAAACCAUCAGCAACCAGUGCACCUCAGGGGGUUAAGGCCGAACCCAGCAGCAACCCCAUCAGCUUGCCAGCUCCCCAGAACCCCCCCCAGGAGGCCAGCCAGGCCCAUCCAGGCCUUCAUUUUCCCUCCAUACCCUCGCUGGCUAGCCUUCCCCAGGCACCACUGCCCUCAGCUCCACCCAGCUUCCUGCCCUUCAGCUCCACUGGCCCUCCCCUCCUUGGCUGCUGUGAGACACCCGUGGUCUCCUUGGCACAGGCUCAGCAGGAACUGCAGAUGCUGCAGAAACAGUUGGGAGAAAGCAUCAGCACCGUCCAUCCUGCUUCCCCAGCUGUGCUGCCGAGCAACCAUGUAGAGGCCAGCUCCUCCCACUACCUCAACCCUGCCCAGCCCCACUCCCCUCUGAGAGGCAGUACAGAACUGGGCAGAAUCCUGUCCCCUGGCUACCUUGGCAGCGGCAGCCAGUGGGAUGUGAUGAGGCCUCAGAAAGGGAGCGUGGCAGGCGACCUGUCCUCAGGCUCAUCUGUGUGCCAGCUGAACUCCAAACCCACAGGGGCUGACCUGCUUGAGGAACAUCUUGGUGAGAUCCGGAACCUGCGCCAGCGCCUAGAAGAGUCCAUCUGCAUCAACGACCGCCUGCGGGAGCAGUUGGAGCACAGGCUUAGCUGUGUGGCCCGCGGGAACGGAUCCACCUCUAAUUUCUACAGUCCCAGCCUGGAACCCACACCUCAGCUCUACAACGAAAACAGAGUCCUUAAGGAAGAAAACCGGAGCCUUCAGGCUCAGCUGAGUCAUGUUUCCAGAGAGCGCUCCCAGGAGACGGAGUGCCUGAGGGAGGCCCUGCUGUCCUCUCGGUCCCGGCUUCAAGAGCUGGAGGUGGAGCUGGAGCACCAAAAGGGGGAACGGCAGCAGCUUUUGGAAGACUUAAAAGAGAAGCAGCAGGAGAUCUUGCAUUUCCAGGAGGAACGACUCUCCCUCCAAGAGAAAGACUCCAGGCUGCAGCACAAGCUGGCCCUCUUGCAGCAACAGUGUGAAGAGAAACAGCAGCUCUCUCAGUCCCUCCAGUCAGAGCUACAGAUCUACGAGGCACUUUAUGGAAACUCCAAGAAGGGGCUGAAAGCUUCCACCUGGGAUGCCUGUCACCAGGUCCCUAUGAACAGUGACCUGAGCCGCCUGGUGGCAGAGAUCCGAGCUUUGCGAGGGCAGCUGGAGCAGAGCAUCCAGGUGAAUAACUGUCUGCGGCUGCAGCUGGAACACCAGCUGGAUGGCGGGGGGAGCACAGCCCGCCUCAGUCCUUCUGCCAACCAGGAGGACCCUGGAAACAAGCAGCCACUCUUCCAAGAUCCAGUUGCUUCCCCUCCAGUCCGAGAUGUUGGCAUGAAUUCACCAGCUCUCGUGUUCCCUAGCUCUUCUCCUGCUGCUCCUGGCUCGGAGACUGCCAUCUUCAAUAGGACAAAUGAGCCGGGUUUGGACGCUUCUCCAGUAAUGAAGAACCCCGCCAAGCUAGAGGGUGAAGCUACUGAUGGUUCCUUUGCCAAUAAGCAUGGCCGCCACGUAAUUGGCCACAUUGAUGACUAUAGUGCCCUAAGACAGCAGAUUGGGGAGGGCACACUGCUGGUCAAAAAGAUAGCAGCAUUUGUGAGAUCAGCCUGCACCUUCCCUGGCCUUGAAGCUCAGGGCACAGAGGUGCCAGGCAGCAAAGGCAUCCAUGAACUCGGGAGCAGCGCACAGGCCCUACAGCACACACUGGAGGAGUCGGCCUCCCUCCUCACCAUGUUCUGGCGAGCAGCCCUGCCAAGCCCCCCCAGCCCUGCACCGGCUGGCAACUCGGGACAGUCCCUGAAAAGGGAACUUCUGGAACUGAGAACCAAACUGUCCGCACAGGAGAAUCUCCUUCAGAGCACAGCUGAGCGUCUGAAGACCGCCAACCAGCAGAAGGAGACCAUGGAGCGGUUCAUCUUCAGCCAGUUGACCAGGACACAUGAUGUGUUGAAGAAGGCAAGGACAAAUUUGGAGGCCAAGUCAGGAGUCCGAGGAAAGCAAAAGAACACUUACAAGAUGGCCUCUGUAAAGCCUUAUUCCUGUCCCAGCAAAGGUGAAGUCCCUGAGGGCUCUGCCAGGCACCCCAGUCUUGUGACCCUUGCCUUCCAGGAGUCACGCAAGAAGAGGAGCCUGCAGAGAUCCUUCAAGCAGCAAGAAGGAUGGGCCCACCCCCCCGUGGUGCAACUCCCACCUGCUGAUGAGACCUGGGCCCCACUCCUGCAUACCUGUCGGGGGGUGCAGGAGGAGCCAGACGCGUGGUCAAGUGCAGGAGGGCGGAAGGUAGAGAGCCUGUCCUGCGGUUAAGGAGCACCAUCAAGAGAACCACGAGCCAGGGUGCCCUGGGCCUAGCCCUGAGCAGAACAGGCACGGUUUGUACAGGGCCUUGUGACCCUGCUUCUAAACGCCACACUGGCCUGGGAACUCGCAACGGCCACUUCUCGUUUCAGUGCCCGUCCUCACGUGGUCACCCAGGGGAAACAGGACCCUGCUCCCUACGGAGGGGACGCGUGGUACCCACAUGGGAGCUCCUCAGCAGUUCUAAAGCACACGAGUGACAGCGGUGCCCUGAGGGACAGUGGGGCUCAGCCGGCACUACUCCCAGAUGUACGCUUGCUCGGGGCCAGCUCAGCCCGGCCAGCGUGGGCUGGGCGUCCGUCUACACUGCAGCACCCGAGUGCUUUGAAUCCACGUGGCAAAAGUGGUGGCUUCCCACGUGCAAUGUCCCGCUUAGCCUGGCGCUUCCUAUUUCCAUUUAUGGCCUCCAAAGUGUGGCGAUGACCGCGGCCUAGUUACGAUUGCCCCUUUUCACUAAGUCUUCUCUGGGGACCUGGGACUCGUGGCCAGACCAAGCCCAUCGAGAGUCCUCUAUAAGAUAACCCAGUGAUCAUACUUAAGUGGCACCUGAGAGGCCCCCAGUUGUGUGAAAGCCUCGUCUGUGUCUUCGCAGUACUUUAGAACACGUGUCUGUGUGUAUAAAUGUACCAUAGAUAUUUCUAUCUGUCGCUAUAGCGAUAUGUUUUGGGCAACAUAACUGGUGGACAGAGUCUGUUAGAGGAAAUGAAACACAGUCUUUUCGGUGGCUAUGAAAGUAAAACGUGUAUAAAGAGAUCAAACAUU